AUGACCAGUGAACAUGCUAUUUCUUUUGAAGAUUUGGAAAAGCGCCGCCAAAAAGCAGCCGCGGCUCGUAAACCUUCUACCAUACAACCGGCAGAGGAACCAGAAUCUGAAGCCAUGCGGGUAAUUAAUGAAAUUUUUAACCCCACCUUAAAAUUACCGGUAACCACAGGUCCUUACAAACCUCCUGAUGAACUUACAACCGAUGAUUUUGAUACUAUGCGAGAUAUAGAUGUGCGAAAGUUGGCCGAACUAAAGGAAGUAUUUUUAUUAUUCGAUACCGAUUGCGAUGGCUUGAUAUCGAAAGAUGAUUUACGAUUUACUUUUGGGGCUUUAGGUUCCGAUGUCACCGAAGAAAUGCUGGAGGAAAUGUUAAAGGAGGCCAAAGAACCCUUAAACGUGGAUGCUUUUGUGGAGUUAAUGAGCCAUCGCACAGUUGAAUUGGAUCCCGAAGAUGUUUUACUGGAAGCCUGGAGUAAAUGGGACUUGUAUGGUACGGGUAAAAUUGAAGAAAAGAAGAUGUAUGAAGAAUUGACAAAUUUUGGUGAUAAAAUGUCUCUGGCUGAAGCUCAGGAGGCUUUGAGACAUGCACCUUUAGUGAAAUCGAAAAAUUUGGAAGAUCCUCCCAUGAUUGAUUAUCCAGCUUUUUGUCGUCUCUUAAGUGGCGUGAGAAAACGCAAAGAAACUACAGAAUAA